CUUCGCCCACGACAAAUCAAGAUACGAGAUCGGAUCGCCAGAAAAAAGACGAAGAAGAAAAACGAGGGGGCAGCAGCAGCAUUGUCCCUCUUGUCAUUGCUCCCUCGAAGCAGUGAAUCAUUCGAUCAGAAGAGUAAAGUAACUCUCAUUUGUCGUACAAGACUAAUACAUUCACGUCCACGAUAUAAGCACCAAAUCAAAAUCAUGAUACAUAUUUUUAGAUACCCUGGCAACGUAGACGACCUUAUGCAAAGAUACGAAGACUUUCUGGUAAGUCCGCUUCAAACGACGAAGAAGUCGGUGAACAGCUUCGCGUCGAAGUCGUUUCCGUGCAGUCACGCGAGGACGAACGCGUAUCGCCACGCGAAGAAAAGGCAAUCGAGUAGUCACCGGUAUCAGCAAGGAAACAAGGAUCAGGGAUUCUCAGCCAUACGCGAGGGCUUUACAAAUUCUACGAUAAACGAUAACGUCGACGGUUGCCGCGGAUACGAUCACAUCGCAAAGAAUGAAUACAGGAAAGACGGUCUAUGGACAAAUUAUCAGAUGCUAGCAGGCGCGUCAGGAAACUCUGACGUGGACAGCAACGUCCCGCUGAGAAGCGACUAUUACAACAGAAAGGGACGCACGCGAAAUCCGCAAUCGCGAAUUUCAAGGCAGCCCGUUGAAAAUUCGAACAGACUAACCACAAAUGGGAAAAAUGAUUCGGACAACGAUAACAUCGAUUUGGAACAAGAGUUUUUUCAAUUGAACCUAUCGAAAAACGUAGAUCUGGGAAACAUUGAUCAGGAACGAGAGGCGCAGGCGAAAGGAAAACCUAAUGCUUUAUCGAGUAAACUUUCUACGGUGCGAUCGUGCAUGACGAAAGUUACCGAUUCGCAAACGUUGUCAAAAAGCAAGAAUACCGAAGACCCGACAAAGCACAAGGCAUUACCAGUCCAUUCCGACGAAGACUGUCGGAAAGAAGAAACCGAAAAUAUAUCGUUCUGUAAACCGAGCAAACGAUCCAUAGCUCGGCGGAGUUCCGUUUGCAGGCCAGACGAUGAGUCGGUAACGGGCAGAGAAUGCAUCAGAGAAGAUACUGCUUACGAGAUGAUAGUUAAGGACGACGAUCAGGAAACCGGCAAGAACGUGUUCGCUGGUGGAGAUCUUGAUCUUCAUGCUACGAAGAAUCACAUCCUUGGCGUGAUCGACCGGGCCAUCUGUAAAGAAUUUGGCAACACCUCGGAUCAGCAAAAGGACGCUGACUCGAAUCGAGAGUUAACGUCACGUGAGGUAUAUAUAGAGGUAACCCGUGCACUCCAAGGUGACUGCUGUCUAUGGCGCUUAGGAGAUCGUGAUUCGAAGGAUAAGUACAUAGGCAUGUUGAAGUUAAUUCGAUCGGAUCAUUUGAAUCACAUCCAGGACGAGGUCAAGAAACUCUGCAAUCUCCAAAAGUUCCUGGACGCUUGUUCUCCGAGAUUAUCGUCGUCCAUGUCGCAAUCCCAUUCUGGCAUAGUCGAGCGGCCCGAAGAACGGCAGCAACAGCAACACGACGAUAAACACAGUCUGGGAACUACCCUUUGAGGACUCGAGAGUUUCGAGACUAUCGAAUAACGACGAGAUCACGUAUCGUGUACGGUUGAGUAAUGAUAUACUUGAGGCUAUAGCGAUACGGAUUUUUUCAUUGAAACACGUUUUUCGUCUAUUAGUUUUGUAUAAACUAUAUUUUCUACUGACCUAUACAACAGUCAACGUAUGUGGGAAUAAAAAAACACGAUAUAGAAUAAAAUAAA